ACCAAAUAUACCAGGAGAACACAUGUACUUCCGGGACAGACGAUAUUUUUAAAAUAUGUUAUUUGUUCAUUUUCUCUCGACUUUUUUAAUAUUAUGUUUAUCUUCGUCUUAUGCAAAGGAAAAGUCGUACUCUCUUGAACUCAAUGAAUAUACAUGGAGAGAAAUUUUAACUGGUCAUUGGAUGGUUAAAUUGUUUGUACCUUCUUCUUCGAGGAAUUCCGUAUAUUCGCGUUUAUCUAAAUCAUAUUAUUACUUCUACUUAGCUUUUGUCUCAUCCGAUUACUAUUGAGACUUUGACUUGUCAGAUUGAAUUGGAAUUUGUUAACUGAAAGGUUUUUCGAUACAAAGUUAUCAUAGAUAGGUGUAUUCAUUUCCCAAUUUUUUAUACAGCUGAUGAAACAAAUGAAGUAAACAUUUAUUGGGUUUAUAAAACAGUAAUUGUAUAUUUAUAAUAUUCAAACACAUGUUUAACUGAAUAGUAUACAUUCACGGAUCAAAUUGCUUUUUAAUUGCUUUCAUUCACAAAGAGUUAUCAUACUUUAAGGAAAAUAUUUGUUGACGUAAGAGCAUCCAUUCAAAAAUAACAAAAUAAAGUAAAAGUGAUGUUAAGUAGUCAAAGGCGAUUUAACGCAUUAAAGGGUUAUUAAUGAGGAGAAAGUAGGUAGAGGGGUGAUUAAAUUGUAUUAAAAGUCUUUUAUGAUUUAUGCUAUGUAACAUGAGGGAUCUGAAAUAUAUUUUAUUAUCAAGGAUACCAUAAUCUUCCACUAAAACAAAUAGAAAGCGUCUAAAGUACCUUUAAUGCUAUUUUAAGUCAUUUUUAUAAUUGCUAUAAUGUCCAUUCAUUUCCAUAGUUAUGCUCCCUGGUGUCCAGCUUGCAAGAAUAAUGAAGAAGAGUGGAAUAAAUUUGCUGAAUGGAGCAAAGAUUUGGAUGUUAAAGUCGCCCAAAUUGAUGUUAAUGAGCAUGCUGGAUUAAGUGGCCGUUUUCUAAUUACAAGACUUCCAUCAUUUUAUCAUGUGAAAGACGGCAUCUUUCGAUACUAUCGUGGGGAGUCGCAGUCAGAGGAUCUUAUUGAUUUUAUAGACGAAAAAAAAUACAAUGAUAUAGAGCCAAUGCCAUGGUAUCAAGAUCCUAAAAGCGUUCAUAUGUCUGUCAUAUCUUCAUUUUUUGAAUUUUCUAUGUUCAUACGGUCUAUACACGAAGAAAUAACCACACGAUAUGGUAUACCCGAAUGGGGUUCUUUCGUUAUAUUUGCCGUGGCAACUAUUCUAAUUGGAAUUAUUGCUGGCAUAGUACUCGUUAUUAUGUGUGAUCAUUUACCAUUUUCUAAUAGACCUUAUGUAGACAAAUCUGAAGUCAAGAGUACAACCCUUGAGACAGAUCCGAAGCAUGAUCAAGAAGAGGAAUCGGAUGUUAUUUUAGAUGAUACACAAGAUAAUAGCGAAGAUAGACCUCGUCGAAGACGACCAAAAGCAACUACCGACUAA